GAUGUGGAUUUAUCUUUUUUCCGCCUGCAAGUGGCCGCGCAACACAACGCAACACAGCGCAACACUGGACAAUUCAACUCAUCUCAAGUUCAACGACGACUCCCACGGGUAGUGAUACUGCAACUCUGUACAGACCAAAUCUUCCACACCACCGUCGCCAUCACCGCCACCGACCGGUGUCACCACCCAAGCAAACGGUGGCCAAGUCUGCCUCCUUUCCCGCGUUCUCCCAUCUCUCCCCUACUUGCUCGCUCUGUUCUGGCCCAGGUCAUGUUCCUCUGCGCAGCUGAUGGAUGAAACCUCAACCUCCCCGUCAACAUGGCAGUCGCACGACCCGUGAGGUUCUUGGGGGCGCUGUCCGUCAUCCUCGUCUUCUUUCUGAUUUACCAAUACUUGCGCCCUGUCCCCAGCAUCUCGGUGCCCGGCGCGGCUUCUGGGAAUGGCGAGAAGAUCGCUGACAUGGAGCGUGAUCCCCUCCUAGACCCCGUUGGUGAACCCCCCGAGCCGCUUUGGCGACACACCGAUCAUGACUACUCUCCCGACAGCCCGAAUUCAGCCCGAAUUAAUGCCACUCUCCUGUCACUUGUUCGCAACGAAGAAUUGCGCGACCUGCUCCCGACCAUGAGACAACUGGAAGAAACAUGGAACCAUAAAUUCAACUACCCCUGGACGUUCUUCAACGAUGUGCCGUUCAGCGAGGAAUUCAAGAAAGCCACCCAGGAAGUCACCAAAGCCAAAUGCUCGUACCAUUUAAUCCCCAAGGAACACUGGGAGAUGCCGCCGUGGAUCAGUCAAGAUCUGUUUGAGGAGUCGUCCAAAAUCCUCAAGGAGAAUGAUGUCCAAUAUGCCGGCAAAGUAUCCUACCACCAGAUGUGUCGAUGGAACAGCGGCAUGUUCUAUCGCCACGAAGCGCUCAAAGACAUGCAAUAUUACUGGCGGGUGGAACCAAAAGUUAAAUUCUUCUGCGACGUGGAUUACGACGUCUUUCGAUACAUGCAGGACCACAACAAAACCUACGGCUUCAAUAUCAACCUCUAUGACUCGCCAGAGUCUAUUCCCUCACUGUGGCCCGAAACGGUCAAGUUCCUGGCGUCACAUCCGGAAUACCUGCACAAGAACAACGCGAUGGCUUGGUUGACCGACGCCGAGCGUCGACCGGAGCAUAACAUCAAGGCCCAUGGCUACAGUACCUGCCAUUUCUGGUCCAACUUUGAGAUUGCCGACUUGAAUUUCUGGCGUAGCAAGGUGUACGAGGAUUACUUUACCCAUCUUGAUCGGUCCGGGGGCUUUUUCUACGAGCGAUGGGGUGAUGCCCCGGUCCACAGUAUUGCUUUGGGCUUGUUUGAAGACGCCAGCAAAAUUCACUGGUUCAAGGAUAUCGGGUACAAUCAUAUCCCGUUCUACAACUGUCCCAACUCGCCCAAAUGCCGCGGUUGCGAAGCAGGAAAAUUCUACGCUGGUGAAUCAUGGCUCCAGCGGGAAGAUUGCCGGCCGCUUUGGUUCAAGUACGUGGGUACUGGUUGAACAAUCAGGUGCUAUGGUGUCGAGGCGCAGUGCUGGCUGGCUGGCAGGGGUUUCGAAAGUCCGUGUAUAAAAUAUAUUUGCAGCGUACAUACUUGAAUCAGCUGGAACUGAAACACAGGAGGGGAAUGACAAGACCGCUUUACAUCUACACAGUACGUGACAUUCGCUUGUUUCCUCCUGAUUAUAGAACCAACCAAUCUCGCCUUCACGUGCGAUAUUAGUAUUCGA